GCACUUGGCAGCCUCGUCGUCAUCUGCCAGGCCCGUAAUCUGCCAUGGGCCCCCGUACCGCCUCCUCAUGCUGCUGCCAGGCCGUAAUCUGCCAUGGGCCCCCGUACCGACUCCUCAUGCUGCUGCCAGGCCCCGUAAUCUGUCAUGGGCCCCUGUACCGCCUCCUCAUGCUGCUGCCAGGCCCGUAAUCUGUCAUGGGUCCCUGUACGGCCUCCCAUUGCUGCUGUUUUUACUGCUCCAUCGCCACACUCUGCCAUGUGCCACUUUUAGGUCUCCUCACACUGCUGGUGGGUUCCAUUUUGUCAUAGGGUGCUGGCAGAUUACGGGCCUCCCAUUGCUGCUGCCAGGCCCGUAAUCUGCCAUGGGCCCCCGUACCGACUCCUCAUGCUGCUGCCA